AUGUCUGACAGUUUCAAACUCUCCUACUGGGUACGAGGUACCUCCAGUGAUACCAGCUUCGAUGUCAUGAUUUCGCGGGAACUCUUGUACCCUUCGGAUAAGAUAUCAGAGGUGUUCACAGCACAACCAUCAACGCGCCACAUCCAUAUCAUAAUGCACCAUACCCAGAGAUCUACUACUGGCUUUGAGGUACGGACGCAUCAGAAGAGCGAAUCGUUCGGAUCCGUUCAGAUGCAAGUGUCAUUGCUGCUCAAACAGCAAAUCCAAAACAGUGAUAGUGAUCUCCGUGAUUUGCCCGAAUCUUCCAUCAGGCUGUUCAGGAUCUCGGAGGGUCAUCUCCGGCAGAGUCUCAACACGAACAAUGAUGGUACGCUUCUCAGCGGAAGGCAGAAGAUAUUCGCAUGUUUUGAGGGUACUACAGUUCUCGAGACUCUCUGUGUUGUUGUCCAGUUUCCACGCCAAGAUGUCACUACUCUCAAUUGCUGGAUAAUAGGUGAAGACGUCUGCGCCAUCUUCGGGGUUAAGGUCGCUAUGACGCAGACGGUUUCUCACCUCAAGCGAUUGAUCAAAGGAGAAAACGCAGCUGCCUUUCGCACCACAGACACGCGCCUGUUAACACUUUGGAACGUUUCCCUAUUGUGCAAGGAUGCGCUAAAGCAAACAAUUGAGGGUCUCGAGCUUCCUCCCGAGAGAUCUUUGCACAGUGUGAAGAGAUUGUCCACGAUCUUUGCAGAACCCCCUGUUCCCGAGCAUCUUCAUAUCAUUGUCGGAUCACCACAUGCCAUAGAGCAGGGGCCCCCUUUGCAUCCGCAACACUGCGUGUCGACACAGCGAGGUGCUUUCCUUGCCCAAUUUAAGCCAAAGGCCCCGUCAUCCAUUGUGCGACCUUCCGAAUUUUCUAAGUUCCAAGUGAUCGAUGGUCAGACUAUUUACUGCAACCGCCCUGCCGAUGCUGUGGCCAUCAUACCUCCGACUUUGCUUCACCGUGCAUUUGGUGACUUCCUUCAUGACUGUGACGUGGUUGAACUGACCUCCGAAGACAAUUCUUUUGUGAUGAAGCUGCACACUGUGAUGUCAAACCAUUAUGAUGAUGAACAGAAGCGCGCUGUUCAACUCCGUGAGCUGUUUGAAGGGUGGGGCCUGACUUUCAUGCCCUCCGCGACGCAUCGUGGCCACAUGACGGGUGGGGAUAUGCGCGAGGGAGAGUAUCGCUAUGCUAUCGCCGAAAUAAAAAAUGGAGUGGGUAGCACGCAAGCUGAUCCCUAUAACCAAGCAACUUUCCACUAUGUGGAGUUUUCGAGACAGUGCGCAGAAACGAUGGGGUUGUCACCUUUACCUUGCUUCAUCAUUCUUCUUUUUGGACCGUUAAUUAUGUUUGCAGGAGCAGUGUGGAACGUUCGCCCGGUUAUCCAGCCUCUCUCGUUCGUUCUCCCACUCCACUACCAUCCAACAGAUACCUAUAUGCAAACCGAAGUGGCUCGUCACCUUAAAGCGUUUAAGAAUGCUGUUGUCAUGCUUGAAGGGUAUUAUCGAUGUCUCUCACUGAAUAAUAACCCAUCCUGCUCGCACCAUUCACAACUGUUCCCGUAUCCCACCUCCUUCAAGCCUCUUGGAAGUAACGCAAAUGCAACGAAAGAAUUCAAAUACACAUCGCAGUACCCAAACAAGCUUAUCUUUUUCGGUACUCUCGCUGGCGAGCCCAUUUGUAUCAAAUUUGAUCUCUGUGAUGUUGACCCUCCGCCUUUGGCUUUCGAACAGAUCAGAACCCACCUUGAUGAGUUACAUCAACAUGGCUAUGUUCAUGGUGACGUUCGUAGCAUGAACAUUAUGGUGUUGGGAUCUGACAUGACAGAGUUUAUGUUCGUUGACUUCGACUGGGCAGGGAAGAUUGGAGAGGUGCGAUAUCCCCUGAAUGUGAACAGAGACAUCUGGCGGCCCUCCGGGGUUUUCGAUGGGGCUCCCAUCGAAGCUAAGCAUGAUAUGGCCAUGCUGAAACACAUAAUCGCGAGUUUCGACAAGGGGGACAAACGUCGUGAGGAUGAUCAGACACAACGCGAGGACGCGGACGAGCGAGAAAGCAAGCGUCCGCGGCUGACUAAAUCACCUAGUACUUCCGAUAACAGGGCCUAA